AGGUCACCUGCUGGAGUUCCCGUCAACGUUAUCAGCGCGUCACUCGAUCUCGGGCGUUGGAAGAGGGUGGUCGUCGAGUCGCUUGUCCGGGAGUGUAAAUAAAGGAACACUAUGGAGCCGAGAGGAGGAGGUCCAGUUUCACUUAAAGAUGCAAAUGUUAAAGGGCUCAUUGGCUUUGGUGAAGAAAUCGAGAACUAUACCUUCAAAAAUGGCAUGGAUUGGUUUGUUCACGUGAAUGAUCCCUAUGAAAUUUUCAAAGCUCAGCCGACAUACUUCCUCUCUGAAUGGCUCUUCGUCCUGCUGGCAGUUUCGUCUCUAAUCCAUGCAUUCAUUGUGGGAGGACGGUGGAAAUACUACUGGCUCGGAUGCAUCUUCCAUGGCCUAACGACUGAAAUGGUUUCAUUUUGGAUGCCUGACAUUGAUAAUUACUGGCACUCUCAAACAACAAUCAUCUUUCUUGGUCGUAGACUUCCUCUUCAUAUUCCCCUGAUUUACCCUUCAUUCAUGUAUCAUGCAGCUUACAUGGUUUCUCACAUGAAGCUUCCUCGAUGGGCAGAACCAAUGGCUGCUGGUCUGCUGGAGGUCCUCAUUGAUAUUCCGUACGAUAUCAUGGCUGUGAAAUUUGUACACUGGACAUGGCACGACACCGAUCCUAACAUCUACGACCGUAACUACUGGGUUCCAUGGAAUUCAUAUUACUUCCAUCUCACAUUUGGCACUGCUUUCAGCUUUGCCAUUAAUUUCUGGCGCCGUAAGAUCACUGGCACAGAUGAGAUUGGCAAAGUAUCCAGUGUUGGAAAGGAAAUCCUCUGUGCCCUACUGGGAGGCCUUUGUGGAAUGCCUGGCGGUGUUAUACAGUUUCUGUUCCUCUACCAUCCGCUCCAUGACACCUAUGGUAUCCAUACAGAAAACUGUGUGAUUAUAAUUGUGGUUGUAUACAUGCUGAUUGUCUGGACUGCUGACCGAACCCCACGAUUAGCUUCUCGCAAACAGAAAGGUGAAAAGAUUCACUGGUCUGCACUGAUUAUUGUUGUAAAUAUGGUGCUCCACUAUGGCCUCUACUGGUGCAUGGCUGUGUUUGGCAAUCCGGAGGACGAAGUCUCCAUUGGCUUGCACGAGCGUACAGGAGACUGUGAUGAGAAAACUAAUGUCUACACUGCAAUUGGCGGAGUUUUAGAGAGGCGAACUUACCUGUGCACAAGCGACUAUGAUGAGAAGUACUUUGAUUUCCGUUGCUUACCCGGAGGUGAGCCCGUAAGCGAUGGAGUGGAGUGGUACACCAUUUGCGGCACCCCUUUCCCCAACCGAGCCGAGUAUAUUGCAGCAAUUACUCUCGUCUCAACUGUUGCCUGCUUCGUCUUCUACAAUAUGCUGUUCAGAAGUUCAAGGACACUGGUUUAUAAGACUGAGAAGAAACAGAAGACCAAGUAAUUUUUUGUGUGAAAAAUAAAUUUGAUAGUGUCCACUAAUUAUGUUUUUUGUUCAUUUAUCUUGAGAUGUGAAAGAUUUUGGUAUUUUUGGUCACAGUAGAUAAUUUGAUCACUAAUUAAUUUAAUAGACUAUCUUUUUGACUAUUUUAAUGAGGAAGUUCUUUUAAAUAAAGUGUUCUCUGAUCAAAUCUGUUGCUUAAAGGUACAAAGAUAUAUGUAAUAAAAGUAAAGAACACAGUAUACAAUUUUAUGGAUAUUUUUCUAAAAAAAAAAAGGGUAUUAUUUUUUAUUCUAUAUAAGAGCAUACAUGUAGCAAUUAAUAUGCUCAUGCAAAAUGUGUGUUAAACAGUAAUAAAAAGGAAA